AUGCAGAUUUUUGUUAAGACUUUGACCGGUAAAACAAUUACCUUGGAGGUUGAAUCCUCUGAUACGAUUGAUAAUGUCAAGAGCAAAAUCCAGGACAAAGAAGGAAUUCCUCCUGACCAACAACGUUUGAUUUUUGCUGGUAAGCAGUUAGAGGAUGGCCGUACCCUGUCUGACUACAACAUUCAAAAGGAGUCUACCCUUCAUUUGGUUCUUCGCCUUCGUGGUGGUAUGCAAAUCUUUGUUAAGACUUUGACCGGUAAAACAAUUACCUUGGAGGUUGAAUCUUCUGAUACGAUUGAUAAUGUCAAGAGCAAAAUCCAGGACAAAGAAGGAAUUCCUCCUGACCAACAACGUUUGAUUUUUGCUGGUAAGCAGUUAGAGGAUGGCCGUACCCUGUCUGACUACAACAUUCAAAAGGAGUCUACCCUUCAUUUGGUUCUUCGCCUUCGUGGUGGUAUGCAAAUCUUUGUUAAGACUUUGACCGGUAAAACAAUUACCUUGGAGGUUGAAUCUUCUGAUACGAUUGAUAAUGUCAAGAGCAAAAUUCAGGACAAAGAGGGAAUUCCUCCUGACCAACAACGUUUGAUUUUUGCCGGUAAGCAGUUAGAGGAUGGCCGCACCCUGUCUGACUACAACAUUCAAAAGGAGUCAACCCUUCAUUUGGUUCUUCGCCUUCGUGGUGGUAUGCAAAUCUUUGUUAAGACUUUGACCGGUAAAACAAUUACCUUGGAGGUUGAAUCUUCUGAUACGAUUGAUAAUGUCAAGAGCAAAAUUCAGGACAAAGAAGGAAUUCCUCCUGACCAACAACGUUUGAUUUUUGCUGGUAAGCAGUUAGAGGAUGGCCGCACCCUGUCUGACUACAACAUUCAAAAGGAGUCAACCCUUCAUUUGGUUCUUCGCCUUCGUGGUGGUAUGCAAAUCUUUGUUAAGACUUUGACCGGUAAAACAAUUACCUUGGAGGUUGAAUCCUCUGAUACGAUUGAUAAUGUCAAGAGCAAAAUUCAGGACAAAGAAGGAAUUCCUCCUGACCAACAACGUUUGAUUUUUGCUGGUAAGCAGUUAGAGGAUGGCCGCACCCUGUCUGACUACAACAUUCAAAAGGAGUCAACCCUUCACUUGGUUCUUCGCCUUCGUGGUGGCUGUCUAUAA